AUGGCACCCCCCUGGUGGGAAAAGGUGAAAAACAGGAUCAAAAAGCGACGGCAAACCUCCAUCCUAGAGCCCACGUCAAAUCCAACUUCAAUUCCAUCAAGAACGACACCUUCACCUACUUCGUCCCAGCCUAUAGCUGAGCCAGCACCCGGGACUUCGUCACAAUUACCAGCUUCUAAGCUCUCCUUGGGGGCAGAUAAGGACUCGCAGCUGCCGAAUCCUCAAGAGCGACUUUGGCACGAAGCCUACGAUGACCUUGAAAAAAACGAGCCUAAAGUGACUCAGGCCUUUGAAAAGAUCAUAGCCGCUAAACUUGGCCAAAACGAACCGAGUACUCAGCUCGAUCAAGCCGCUGAACACGUGAUAACAGCUUCGUGGAAGCCAACUACCGUUCAAAUGCAUAAGUUAGUUCUUGACGGAUUGGAUCGGACGGAGAAAACGGCAUCUGUCAAACAAGGUCUUGGGAACGUCCUGCAAGCCGUGCAAACUGCGAGGGUACUUAUGAAUAGCGCUGUACAGUUCGUUCCACAAGCCGCCGUUGCUUGGGCUGGAGUGUGUCUUGGGCUGGAGGUUCUAUCAAACCCCAUUGCUGAAGAUCGCGAAAAUCGCGAAGGCAUCAUCUACGUACUAUCGAGAAUGGAAUGGUAUUGGAAUCUGGCAUCCCUUCUUCUCGAUGAGAACAGCAAUGAACAAUCAUUCGCAGGACUACGAAGCCAGUUGGAGAAAAACAUCCGGCAGGUCUACGAGAAGCUUCUCUCAUAUCAGCUCAAGAGCAUCUGCCUUUACGAUCGCCACUGGCUUGCAACCAUAUCUAGGGAUGCAUUGAAAGUUGAUGGGUGGGCGGACCAGCUUAGCAAAAUCAAGGAAGUCGAAGCUGCUGUCCAAAGAGAUAUGGAACAAUACAACACUGAAAAAGCCACGAUAUGGCUUGGGAGGCUUGCGGAUACUGCCAGCGCUAUGGAGAAGAGUCUCCAAGACAUUCACUUGACCAUCCAGAAUCAAGCAUUGCAACAAGAGAGGAGAUUCCAAGAUGACAAAGACAAUCAGUGCUUACACGACCUUUUCGUGACAGAUCCCCGCAAGGAUAAGAAGCGCAUCGAAGAAACAAAAGGCGGCUUACUCGAGGGUUCUUAUUCCUGGAUUCUCGAGCACGAUCACUUUAUUCGAUUUCGAAACGACCGUCAGAGUCGGCUGCUCUGGAUCAAAGGUGAUCCUGGCAAAGGCAAGACUAUGCUUCUCUGCGGUAUCAUCGAUAAAAUAGAGCAGAAUCCGUCAGAUUUGCUGUCUUAUUUUUUCUGCCAAGCCACUUCGAAUGAAUUAGACAACGCGAUAUCUGUAAUGCGAGGCCUGAUCUAUAACCUUAUAGACCAAGAUCCUUCGCUUAUUAAGCAUGUACGAAAGAAGUAUGAUGACAAACGCGAAAAGCUCUUUACCGGUGCGAAUGUUUGGUAUGAAAUUCGAGACAUAGCGACAGCUAUAUUCGAGGACCCGAGCCUCAAAGACGCGACUAUCAUUAUUGACGCCUUAGAUGAAUGCAACACUGACCGAGAACUGCUACUUGAUUUGAUUGUCAACUCUUCAACUGUCAAAUGGAUCAUUUCUAGUCGCAAUUGGUCGGAUAUAGAAGCGAAGCUUAAUAAUGCGAAGCAAAUGGACAAGCUACAUCUCGAGAUAAAUCAAGAUGCCGUAGCUAGAGCUGUCAAUUUUUAUAUCGAGUAUAAAGUGGACCAGCUGGAAAAAUCCAAGAAGUAUGACGAGAAAACGAAGGAUGCCGUCCGGCAUUACUUGACUAGCAAUGCCGAUGGGACCUUUCUGUGGGUAGCCUUGGUUUGUCACCAGCUUGCAGAUCAGAAGGUCCAAAAACGACACACGAUUGGAACGUUGAGGUCAUUUCCACCAGGUCUUAAUGCGCUUUAUAAGAGGAUGAUUGAACAAAUUUCUGAAUCGAAGGAUGCCGAAGUUUGUCGCGAGAUCCUGGCUCUGGUUUCGACAGUGUAUCAACCUGUCAGUGUGGAUGAAUUAAAGGGCUUGGUCCUGUCUCUCAAAGACCUUGGCCAGGACGAGGUUCAAGAAAUCAUUGCGUCAUGUGGCUCUUUCCUGACUCUACGGGAAGGCAGCAUCUUUUUUGUGCAUCAGUCCGCCAAGGAUUUCCUACUUGAAAAUGCAUCUGAUGAGAUCCUAUGCUCUGGUAUCCAACACCAACAUGGUGAGAUCUUCGCAAGGUCUUUAGACCUUCUCUACAACACGUUGAGACGCGACAUUUAUGAUCUGCGUAAUCCUGGGUUUCCCGUCGAAAAGGUCAAAACCCCUGCGUCUGAUCCUUUGGCUAGCAUUCGAUACUCUUGCAUCUUUUGGGUAGACCAUCUCCAAGACUCGGGAGUUGUGACUAAGGCAGGCAUGAGUAAGGAGUCGGAGUUUACCAGUAGUAUCCUGAAGUUCCUGAGAAACAAUUAUCUCCAAUGGCUAGAGGCUCUAAGUCUAAUGCGUAACAUCCCGGAAGGUGUGAAAGCAAUAGAGAAGCUGGAGAAGACACUGAUCGAAACUAACUCACAAGAAUUGCAAAGUCUUGUCAAAGAUGCUCGCCGAUUUAUUCUUUCGCAGAAAGGAGGCAUCGAGGUCGCUCCAUUGCAAGUUUAUACGUCAGCCCUUAUAUUCAGUCCUACCAAGAGUUUGAUCAGGAGAUUAUUUAAUAGGGAAUACCCUUCUUGGAUCAAAUUAGCGCCGAAAGUUGAGGCAGAUUGGAACGCUUGCUUACAGACACUCGAGGGCCAUACUGGUUCGGUAUGGUCCGUCGCGUUCUCGGCCGACGGGCGGGUAGCGUCCGGCUCAUCCGAUUCUACAGUCAAGCUAUGGGACGCCGGCUCUGGCUCUUGCUUACAGACACUCGAGGGCCAUACUGGUCCGGUAUGGUCCGUCGCGUUCUCGGCCGACGGGCGGGUAGCGUCCGGCUCAUACGAUGAUACAGUCAAGCUAUGGGACGCCGGCUCUGGCUCUUGCUUACAGACACUCGAGGGCCAUACUGGUUCGGUAUAUUCCGUCGCGUUCUCGGCCGACGGGCGGGUAGCGUCCGGCUCAUACGAUGAUGCAGUCAAGCUAUGGGACGCCGGCUCUGGCUCUUGCUUACAGACACUCGAGGGCCAUACUGGUUCGGUAUGGUCCGUCGCGUUCUCGGCCGACGGGCGGGUAGCGUCCGGCUCAUCCGAUCGUACAGUCAAGCUAUGGGACGCCAGCUCUGGCGUCUGCCUACAAACGCUCGAUGUUAACCGCAUUAUAAACUACAUUUCAUUUGACCCAGAUAAUAGCUCCCAUCUCUUGACCGAUGCAGAUGACAUAUUUCUGACGUCAUCUCUUACCGACCUUAUGCCAUCGACCCGAAUUGCUUUAUCAAACGCUUAUAACCAGCAUCGAUAUAGUAUUAGUGCUAACCGUGUAUGGAUUGUUCAAAAUGGUAAUAACCUUAUUUGGUUGCCUCCAGAGUGUCGUCCUGUAGCGUCAAGAGUAGCAGGAUCAACGAUCGUAAUAGGUAGUAGAUCAGGUCGUGUCUUGGUAAUACGACUUGCUACGGCGGUAGGCGCUUCACCCUAUGACGAGUUUCUAUCCUCCAGCGAGGCUGUUCACCCCGCCAUCUUUUGA